CCCAGGACCCUAGGAGGAGGGUGACAGGGACCGGAAGUCGGGCUCCAGGACCGGAAGUCAGGCUCCAACACCGGAAGUCGGGCUCCAGGAGCGGAAGGUAUGGAUCAAAGCAGUGAAGCAUGCAUGAAAAAGACCAGCAAUGUGAAUCUUGACAAACUUAUAACUGAUUUCUCACAGAUUGAGAAGAAAAUAUUGGAAACUGUUGGAAAGAACAAUAUACUGGAUAUUCAGUUGGAAAAAACUAACUGUUUAAUAAAAGCAAUGCAAUCGAAGGAGGUUUCGAUUAAGGAAGAGUGUGCUACGCUUCAUAAUAUGAUAAAAGGACUACAACAGACUAUUGGGUGUCAUCAUAAUCUGAAAGGUGAAAAUGAGCAACUAAAAAGAAAUGCUGAUAUCAUGAAAGAAAAGUUAAAAUCUCAUGAGCUGGAAUAUAAGAAUAAUAUUGCCAGGCUUAUGAAUGAAAUGAAAAUCAAAGAGGAGGGACAUGAAAGAGAAAUUAAAAAACUUUGUCAGGAUAUGCAGAGGAAAGUUGAAUUAAAUGAAGAAAAGCAUAAAGAACUGUUAGAAAAAAAGGAGGUGGAAAUUUCAGAAUUGAAUGCAAAGUUAAGAACUCAAGAAAAGGAAAAACAAAAUGAAAUCAUCAGACUACAGUUAGAGUUUGAUGCAAAACUAGCAAGAGUUCAAACUAAGCCAAAAUCCUAUCCAGAAUCUACUGUUUCACCACAGAGUAUCUACAGAAGGAAACUCCAACAUCUUCAGGAAGAAAAGAAUAAGGAGAUUCAAGUUCUCCGUGAUACCAUCCAUGACUUAGAGCAGCGCCUCUCCGUUGGCAAAGAGCCUCACCUUCAAUCUGCCGGCAGAGAUUCUUACCUUAAGCGUAGACGGUUCUAAGUACAGUAGUGAAUUCAUUACUUACUAAUUUGUUUGAAAGCAGCUGGAAAGUUUACUUCUGUUGCCCGCCAUAACAAUGGUACGUUGCAUAAAUAAGAGCAAUAAAGACAGCUUGAAGCAUUUGACUGUUUAUUUAAACAAACCCAUACUUUGUCUUGCAUCCUUGCUUAGUAGUAUUAGCCAUAAAGAAGUUCUGGUUAGCAGGACUUAGUUUACCUAUCUAACCAUCAUUGACUAUGGAGAUACUUUCUAAGUGACUCAAGAUAGACAGUAUCCUUUGAUCUGUCCCCUCUUAUCUGUCAAGACAACACUCUUGAGUUUUACAUCAUGUAGUAUAGGAAACAAAAUAUAAAGGUUUAAUCCACAUGUGAUAGUAACAAUCAAGAUAUAAGCCUUAGAUAUAAGAAGUAUAAAUGGAUAUUUUAAAUGUAAGCAAAAUAUUCGUGUUAAGUGCAUCUGAGUCUUCGACUGCUUUAAAGGUUGAGUCGGUUAGAAAAGUAAGACUUAAGAGACAUAGAUAGCCUUGUUUUGAGAAAUAAAAAAUGGAAAACAUGUUUUUGUUCUUCUUCCUCCAUUCUAAAUUGCUAACUAUCCAACAGAAACCCCUAGGUCAUAGUUUACGUUUCUGUCCUCAUUACUGCAAGUAGAAUGCUGGAAAAAGAAAAAGAAA